CGCCUCCGCGCGUCUGGUCUCUUCUUUUCUUCGUUCUCCUCGCUCACACUCUCAACGCUCAUUCUUGUUAACAUCGUCCUUCCCGUGCUCGCCCUGGUUUUUCCUCUUGUACUCGCGCUGACUCGUUCCUCCCCCAGCCCUCGGCCCCACCGGCCCACCGGACAUGCGCGCGCAGCUCAUGCGCGAUCUCCAGGACAAGAGUCGCUUGGCGAUGGGGAUCCGGCAUAAGGCGUUGCUGAAUUGGGUCGGAAGUUUUCGGGCGGGGGUGGGGGGAGGGGGAGGAGGACAAGCGGGUGUGGGAGGUGGACCACCGAAUCAACAACAAGGCGCGGGUCUGUCGAAUGGGACCAAUGGCCAGGGCGGUCAGCAAGGAGGUCAAGGAGCGCAGGCAGGAGGUCAGGGAGCGGGAGGAGUAGGAGCGGGUGUAGGAAGUCAAGGAGGAGCUCGCCCACCAUCGGCGGCGAGCCUGAACCAGCUUGCGCAAGCGUUUGGCGGGCCGACGCAUAUGAUCCCAGGCCCGUUGACGAAGGGGGUGGCGGGUGUGGGGGGUGGGCAGCAAGGCACGCAGCAGAGUGGCCCUUCGCAAGCCAGUGGGAGUGGGGGAGGUGGUGGUGGGAUGGGAGGCGGUGGGAUGGGAGGCAUAGGGAAUAACGCGCAAGCGGGGCCGAGUGGGUUGGUUGGUGGUGGGAUGGGUGGGCUAGGUGGAGGCGGUGGUGGGAUGGGAGGCGCAGGUGGGCUUGGAGGAGGAGGAGGAGGCGGUCUGGGAGGAAACGGCGGCGGUAUCGGAGGAAACAGCGCCGGCCAACCGACGAACCCGAACCAGCCACGGGCCAUCUGGAAGGGCAUGCUGCACCUGACGGUUCCGGGCGUGCCGGGGCAGCCGCCGAGGGAGGCGCGCGCGAUGUCGGUGGCGAUGGCGGGGGAGGGGGCGGUGGUUAGUGGCCAACCCCAAACGUGGCCGCCAGAGCUCCGCCUCAUGAUCUCGGACGCGCCGCUGCUGCACAUCAACGUCCUGACGGCGUGGGUGAAGCAGCAUCGGCCGGCGAUCGUGCACUUUCAUGGAUUGGGCCAGGCGGCGGAGAUGGUCAGAAAUAUGGCGGGUAUGAUGAAGAAGUUGGGGAAGGUGUGUGUGUGUGUGUGUGUGUGGUAUGGGCGGUGGACGGAGUUGGAGGCGGUGGGCAGAGGAGAAGGCGGUGCGCGUUCCCUUGUUGGCGGCGGGCGUCCGUCCGUCGUCGACGCGCGUUUUCCGUCGCUGCCGCCCGUCCGUCCAUUCGUCGUCGUGACUCUGACUAACCGUCUUCCCAGUACUUCACCGCCUCCUUCACCCGACGCGACGGCUCGCACGGGCCCUGCGUGCUCUUCUUCCCCACCUCGCCACCCAACGCCGGCCAGGACGGGCCCUUCAACCUCGCCGCGGCGGUGUUCGUGGAGAAGGGCGUGCCGAUCAUUCCGACGCUCGAGCAGCAGGAGCAGAUGCUGAAGCUGAUGCAGCAGAGGGCGGGUGUUGGGAUGGGGGUGGGGGCGGGAGGGCCGGGAAUGGGCGCGGGAGGAUCAGGGAUGGGCGGGGGAGGGCCGGGAAUGGGAGGUAGACCGGGGUGGAAUGGGCGCGGGCGCAGGAUCGGGACCGGGAGGCGUGGCGCCGAAUA